AUGGGCGCAGGCCAGAGCAAAGAGAAUCAUGCAAUUGGCAGCAACGGCGCAUCAGAGCUGAGCACUAGCGAAGGAGACUCGUCUUGUCCGGUGCCGGAGUCCCUUCGUGUCAAAGCGGUGUACAAUGUGUACAAUCAGCGCAUCGACGAGCUUGCCCCAGCCAAGACCGAAAUCCUGGACCCCAGCAACAACAUGCCUGCCGAGCCCAACCAGCAGCCAUCCCCCGGCCAGAAGAAGCUGCUGUCCACACAGAGGGUGGUGUCCAAUAUCCCCAAGGGUAACACGGAGUCUACCUGGGUGUACCCCUCCCCACAGAUGUUCUUCAACGCCCUGCGUCGCAAGGGAAAGGGCGACGACAUCGAAGAGGACGACAUGGACUCUGUCAUCCACGCCCACAACAGCAUGAACGAGAUCACAUGGAGCCAUGUGAUGGCCUGGGAAUCGCUGCACCGGGAUCACUGCUGUUCGCCCUCCCUGCUCAGGUUCAGGGGACGGCCAGAUGACCUCAGUCCCCUGGCUCGCCUCCGGUCCUGGUUUGGGGGGCCGUUACCCUUUGACCGCCAUGACUGGUACAUCGAUCGGUGCGGGCAGGAGGUUCGGUAUGUCAUCGACUUCUACUUCAAGGAUGAGCUGGCUGGCAGCCCCGAGGCAUUCGAGCUGCGGGUGCGCCCGGCGCUGGACUCGCUGGAGGCCGGUUUGGACCGGGUGAAGAUGCAGAUCUACACCACCUUUGCUCAGUAUGGCCUGCCUUGCCCCGUGACUGGCCACCCCAGCGGGGCUGCGGCGGGGAAGAUGGGGCAGGGUCCUGGCCCUGGAGACCAUGCGGCAGGGUCACAGUGA